AUGGCGUACCCUAAAAAUGUUGGCAUCAAAGCCAUGGAAAUUUAUGUCCCAGCACAGUGUCUGGAUCAAACGCUAUUCGAAAAACAUCAAGGGGUUUCGGCUGGAAAAUAUACCAUUGGAUUGGGUCUCCAAUACAUGAACUUUUGUACCGACAGAGAGGAUGUGUGUUCUCUAGCUCUAACAGCUGUCUCUUCACUACUCCGUAAAUUCAACAUCGAUCCUAAAUCCAUUGGACGUCUAGAAGUGGGUACCGAAUCACCCAUCGAUAAAGCUAAGUCGGUCAAAUCAGUUCUCACAACUCUUUUUGCGCCAUCCGGAAAUACGAGUCUCGAAGGGAUCGACACAAUUCACGCCUGUUAUGGCGGUACCAAUGCUCUAUUCAAUGCCAUCAAUUGGGUAGAAUCUCGUUCGUGGGACGGGAGAGAUGCCAUUGUCGUUGCUUCAGAUAUUGCUCUCUAUAAAGAGGCUGCUUCUCGACCUACUGGAGGUGCUGGAUGCGUCGCUAUGCUUAUUGGCCCAAAUGCCCUGUUAUCAUUUGAUCCAGAUUUGAAAGGUGUCUAUAUGACUCAUGCUUAUGAUUUCUAUAAGCCGGAUACUAAAGUCGAGUUCCCGAUCGUGAAUGGUCAUGAAUCUAUUGGCUGUUACAUUGGCGCUCUCGAUGCAUGCCACAAGAACUUGCUUGAGCGCAUAGAGACCAGAAGUAAGCUCAGUGGAGAUACAUCCAAGGCUGUUCCCAAGAAGGUUCUUGAUCUUUUCGACUAUAUGGCGUUCCAUACCCCGAACUGCAAAUUAGUAUCUAAAUCGUAUGGUCGACUCAAGUACAAUGAUUGUCUGACAUCGACGGAUGAUGCUGAUUGGGAAGGUAUUCCUGAUGAACUCCGCAAGUUGAGCUAUUCAGAAUCCUUGAAAGACAAGACGCUGGAGAAAACCCUUGUGGCUAUCACGAAAGACGAAUUCCAAGAGCGGGUCAAGCCAUGUAUUGCUGCGCCUUCUUUAUGUGGUAAUAUGUACACGAGCAGUUUAUACUGCUCUCUCAUUAGCUUGAUUAGCAAUAUUGAUCUUACAGCCGCAGAAGGUAAAACCAUCGGAUUAUUCAGCUUCGGAAGUGGCAUUGCUAGCUCUCUCUUUGGUCUAAAGAUCACCGGCGAUCUUACCAACUUAGUCCAAAAAAUUGAUUUGAUGGAUCGUCUGAAGCAACGACAUAUCACGACACCCGAGGAGUACGAAGAGGCGUGUGCCCUCAGGAAGAACGCAUAUGGAUGCAAGGAUUUCAAACCUGUUGGUGAUGUAGCCUCCAUGGCACCUGGAACAUUCUACUUGGAGAGUAUAGAUGAUGUGUAUCGAAGAACUUAUGCUAUCAAACAGUGA